AUGAGUAACUUGAGGAGAAGCGAUCAUGCCUCAAAACCGCACAUCGCUGUGGUUGGUGCUGGACUUGCUGGCCUUCGGUGCGCCGACGUUCUCCUUCAAAAUGGCUUCCAGGUCACCAUUAUUGAAGCCCGUAAUCGGGUUGGUGGACGCCUGCACCAGGAAACCCUCCCUAAUGGACAUCUAGCCGACGUAGGACCAAAUUGGAUACACGGAACCGACGACAACCCCAUGUUAGACCUGGCCAAGCAGACCAACACUGCUGUCAGUGACUGGGACUCGACUUCAUGCGUAUUUGCCGAGGACGGCGAGCUCUUUCCGCUCAAGGAUGGUGAAAAGUACUCCACCAUGGUGUGGGAUAUCGUGCAGGAGGCCUUUAAGCAUGCCAAUAACUCCUCUCACGACAUCGAUCCCAAGGAGAGCCUCCAUGACUUUUUUGUUCAAAAGGUAACCGAGAAGGUACCAAGUACCGAGGCCGAUCAUGAGAAGAAACGAAAUAUUGUGAUGCAAAUAUCCGAGAUGUGGGGUGCAUUUAUCGGAAGUCCCGUUUACAGGCAGAGUUUGAAGUUCUUCUGGCUCGAGGAGUGCAUUGAAGGCGAAAACUUGUUCUGCGCUGGAACUUAUAAAAAGGUUCUGGAUGAAGUGGCAAAACCUGCUCUCGAGGGUGCCGAGAUCAAGUUCGAAACCCAGGUUGACGAGAUAUCGUACAGAACAAGUCCCGAGGAAAAGGCCAAGCUCAGAACACAGAGCGGCCAAACACUUGAGUUUGACGAGAUUGUCAUGACUGCACCCCUUGGGUGGCUAAAAAGGAACCUCGAUGCAUUUGAGCCUGCGCUGCCUGCUCGAAUGACCAAGGCAAUUGGGGCUAUCGGUUACGGAUGCCUUGAGAAGGUAUACAUCAACUUUCCCAAGGCCUUUUGGCUGGGAAGUGAAAGUGAUGAUCGAAAGGCAGAGGGAUUUGUACAAUGGCUGUCUCCCAACUAUGUACCUGAUCUGAAUCCCAAGAGGUGGAACCAGGAGGUCGUGGAACUUGCAAGUCUUGGCCCAGAAGUGUCACAUCCUACGCUUCUCUUCUACACCUAUGGCGAGCAGUCACAAUUCAUCACCGGGGAAUUAUUAAAGAUAUCGGAUCCCAAGAAGAAAGACGAGUUUCUCCUCAACUUCUUCAAGCCGUAUUACUCACUGCUGCCGCACUACUCUGAGAGCGAUCCCGACUGCAAACCGUCUGGCUUCAUGGCCACAGAUUGGCUUCACGAUGAGCUCUCAGGGUAUGGUAGCUACAGCAACUUUCAAGUUGGUUUGGAAGAAGGCGAUGUUGAUAUCCGGACAAUGCGGGAGGGUCUGCCGGACCAUGGAUUGUGGCUGGCAGGCGAACACACGGCGCCGUUUGUUGGCCUUGGCACGGCGACCGGGGCGUAUUGGAGCGGUGAGGCGGUUGGGAAACGAAUAGCGGAGGCUUAUGGGCGAAACAAGUAG